AUGCCCUUCUACACUACCUUCGAGCCUAGCUUCGACUACGCCUUCCCCGCCCAGCCCCGCUACACCUACUCUCCCUUCUACGCGGAGCCCACCCACCACUACCCCUUCCACACUCGCACCCCCACCCCUACCCGACAGCCCGUUUACGAGUCCGACUCUGGACUCGACGAUGAAGAACAAGCCGUCCUCGCCCAGCUCGCCGCCAUCCGCCAGAAGCGCGAGCAGCUCAAAGCCACUCAAGCUCGCGAAGCCGCUCGUGCUGCUAAGGCCAAAGCUCAGCGCGAGGCGAUGAUCAAGGCUGAACUUGCCCAGGCGCUUGUGAGGGAGCAAGAGAAGAAGAGGAAGCAAGAGGAAGAUAGGAAGCGGGAGGAGGAGAAGGAGAGGCGAGCUAUUUUUUCCCGUGCUAUGGAGCUGGCAAACGUGCAGCGAGAGAAAGAGGGACUCGUGCAGGCCGAGGGUCGCAAGAGGCAACAGAACGGGGCUAUCAAGUCUGAUUCCCCAAGCCACGCCGACAUCAACAACAUACUAAGUGCCCUCUUCGGUAUCAACCUGGCUCCCUCUGACGAAGAGGAGGAGGGAGAGUCCGAGCACGAGGAUGCGGAGGUUUCAGUACCCAUCCUCAGCCCUCAGUGUACCUCUGCUGCCUGCUGCAAGUCAGAGAAACCCACUAACACCGACAACGAGGCUGUUGUCAAGUCUCAACUCGCUCAGGCUAUCGCCAGGAAAGAAGAGAUCGAGCAAGAGCAGGAGAGAAAGAGAAAGCAAGACGAAGAGAAGCAGGAAGAGGAGAGGAAACAACAGGAUGAUGUGAGGCGACGAGCAUCGUCCCAGGCUAUGGAGAAGAAGGCCCAGAGAGAGAAGGAGCGAUUGGCUCGAGCUCAGGCCAAGAACAGGCAACCCGCACACAAUGAAGACCUCCAAAACCUACUGAAAGCAUUCUUCGGUGUCAACCCUCCCACCUCCGAUGACUCUGAGCAAUCGGAUGUCGAAUUUGAAGCGUCUGAGGCUCCUCGUCCCCAGCGCCGGGCCGCUCCUGUAAAGUCCACAAACGCCCCUGCGCCCAAAGCUCCUGCCGCCCCUCAACCCGAGGCAACAGCCUCCACAGCUGCUCCCGAGCCUUCCGAGACCCUGUCCCCUGCAUUCACCAUCCUUCGCGACAUGGACACCCAACUCUCCCAACUCAAAUCCUCUUUCACCUUCCCCUCCCACCUCUCCUUCGCCCACUCCACCCCAAACGGCCAAACCCCUCCCCUGUUAUUCAACCGCACCAACGCCCCCUACCAUGCACAAACCAACGCUCUCCUCCAGCUUCUGCUCCAUGCUGACACAGUCAUCUCGGAAGGACAGCCGGAAGUGAGAAAGGCGAGAAAGGAGAUGGUGAAGAAGGUUGAGGCGGAGAUCAGGAAGAUGGAAGAAAAGAGGGAUGAGAUCUGGGAGGAGGUUAGGAUCAGAAGAGAGAGUGGGGAAGAGGCGGAGCCGGAUGAAGACGAGGAGAGGUCUUGGAGCGACUGUUCGUCAGUAGUAAAGAAGCAAUAG